UUUGUUGCCAGAUCGAUCUAAUCCUAAAGGACUUUAGCGUGACCAGAAACCAAAUACGGCACUGAUCUUAUUUUCUCGUUUGACCAUGGAGUCUCGGGAGUGUGACGAGAGGUCCGAGUCUGAAGCAGACCCGGCCGUUGGUGAAGAACUCGCCAAGGCCAUUUUAGCCCGCCAGUUCCACCCUUCUGUCAUCGGUCCAGAGAUGUGGGAGGGUUACAUCUUCUCUGACCAGCAGAUCCGUAUUAAAGAAUCCACAGACCUCUACGGAGCUGUACUCUGGCCCUCGGCAAUGGUGUUGUGUCACUUCCUGGAGACCAACCGUGACGAGUACAACCUGCUGGACAAGAACGUGAUAGAACUUGGUGCGGGAACUGGUCUGGUCUCCAUCGUUUCUUGUCUUUUAGGUGCUAAGGUCACUUGCACAGACCUCCCUGAUGUGCUCGGGAAUCUCCAGUACAACGUCACGUGCAACACAAGAGGACGGUGCAAAUACACCCCUCUGGUCACAGAGCUGGUCUGGGGCCCAGAGGUGGAGCAGAAGUUCCCCCAAAGCACACAGCAUUUCGACUACAUCCUGGCUGCAGACGUGGUGUACGCGCACCCCUACCUGGACCAGCUGUUGGACACGUUCAGCUACCUGUGUCAGCUCGACACGCAAAUCCUGUGGGCCAUGCGUUUCCGCCUGGACCCCGAGAACGGCUUUGUGGAGCGUUUUCGCCAGCGCUUCCACCUGGAGGAGCUGUACGACCUCCCCAGUCUUAGCAUCAAACUGUACCGGGCUUGGAGGAGGGACAAGAGGACCAAAGCUCAAGAAGCAGCUCCUGUCUAAGCUUACUUGAUCAUUUUGAGUUUGUUUUUCUGAGCCUGUUUACUCUUUUGGCCAACUUCAUGUGAAGAAGUGCUAGGUGAUUCUUAUGUAAAAUGAAGAUUGGCUUUAUUUGUAUGUCGUUUAAAAGUAGCGUACACUUCAUAAUAGACAAUUUAGAGUACUGUUUGUUUCUUUUUUUUUACUCCAACAAAUACAUCAAAAAA